GAGAGAGAGAGCGAGAAAGAGAGACAUCACACUUGUGUCAGAUCUUCAUUCGUAUGUAGGUGAGACACUUGGUCUGAUGGACCUCCUCUGUUAGAUCUGCGCACUUUAAGUAACCGUAUUGCCCCACAGAGCAGAGGAGCAGUGUGUUUCCAAGUCCCAUUGAAGUUUGUCAGAUUACUCCAACGUGCCUUUCUGACAGCUGACCAGUCAUAAAUAGUGGUCAAUACCGUAGCUUGCUCCACACAAUCUGAAAAUCAUGAUGGACUUGAAGGUGCUGGGAUGCGCAAUGCUUUUUCCUCUCCAGAUUCUCGUGUGCGUACUGAAGGCGACCGUGCGUCUCCUGACGCGCCAGAAGCGCAGAGAUCUGACCGCUGAUGUGGUGCUCAUCACUGGAGGAGGAAGAGGGAUCGGCCGUCACCUGGCCAAAGAGUUUGCCAAGCAAGGAGCGAGAAAGGUGAUUUUGUGGGGACGUACUGAGAAAUGUCUAAAAGAAACGUGUGAAGAGAUCUCUAUGACUGGAACUGAGUGUUACUACUUUGUCUGUGACGUUGGAAAUCGAGAGGAAGUUUACCAGCAAGCCAAAGUGCUCAGGGAAAAGGUUGGGGACGUCACCAUUCUUGUGAAUAACGCAGCUGUCGUCCAUGGGAAAAGUCUUAUGGAUAGUGACGAUGAUGCACUGUUGAAAACUCAACACAUAAAUACACUCGGGCAGUUCUGGACCACAAAAGCAUUUCUGCCUCGUAUGCUGGAACUGUGCAACGGCCACGUGGUCUGCAUUAACUCCAUUCUCUCCCUCUCCUCCAUCCCUGGAGCCAUCGACUACUGCACAUCCAAAGCCUCUUCUUAUGCUUUCAUGGAAAGCCUGACACUGGGCCUGCUCGACUGCCCUGGUGUGGGCUGCACCACAGUGUUACCCUUCCAUACUGAUACAGAGAUGUUUCAGGGCAUGAGAGUUAGGUUCCCUAAGCUGUUUCCUCCUCUGAAUCCUGAGACGGUGGCACAGCGAACCGUGGAUGCUGUGAGGACCAACACAGCUUUUGUAGUCCUGCCGUGGACCAUGCACUUUCUUGUUAUUCUUAAAAGUCUUCUGCCCCAGUCUGCCCUGGAAGAGAUCCACAGGUUUUCGGGAAGCUACACCUGCAUGAACACAUUCAAAGGGCGGACUUAAUGUCAGGAAAAGCAUGAAUGCGAAAACUCCUCAAAGCAUUUUUUUCAUGCAAAACAAGCACUAUGUUUGGGAGCAUCCAACAAGCCGUGGGUGCGUGGACCCAAUAAAGACUGUGAAUGGAUCGCUGUACAAUGUAUCAAGAUGCCUUGUUUUCCCAAGCACUAUUAUGCCUCAUGAGUCCUACGUGGAUGAAUUUGGAUUUGGCUUCACGAUACUGGAUCGCACACAGGCAUGUAGGUGAAAGCAUUCCUUGGAUAUUGUUAUAAAAACAAACUUUGGAGCACAGACUGUUAUAGUUAUGAAAGAAAUGAUUCUUCAGUUGGGGCUCUUGUAAGGUUGCCCUUGGUUUACUCUGUUUUAUAGAUAUCCACUGAUUUUAAGAACAUUUUUGUAACGUAACACAAUGCGAUUUGGCUCCGCAACUUGUUUAAAGUGAUUCCAAUAUGUCUAUCUUCAUAUUAAAGUCAACUUUAAAUAAACAGUAUUUGAUGUUGAAAAAGCCCCAGUGAGUGUUGUUUUGUGGGUGUUCAUGUGGGUUAGAAAACAUGGAAGUGUCAGUCCCUGGCAGUGCGCUUGUUUUGUCUCUGCCAAAACUCACAGGCAUUUCAUGGUCAGCAUUCCAGCGCUCCAGGCCAGCCAAUCGUGAGCUCAUUGUGCACUAGGCAGGGUUGUCAUAACACUAACUCUGCUUAACAGGAAAGCACACUGUCGAGGGGUCAGCCACUGGAAGACUAAUAGGCGAAUUGUGAUUUCGGUACUGUAAAACAAAUAUUUUUUUAGAUUUGUCACUGAUAUCUAACUGAACUACUGAUAAUCAUUAUCAAUUCUGCUGUAUCUCAUACAUUUGCAUGUCUGUACACAAUUUAGGACCUCAGAUGCAAAACCCUCUAGGUGCAUCUGAUGUUUUGUAAAUAAAAUGAGCAUUUUAAACUCAACAAAUUGUUUUUUUCUGAAUGGUCUGAGAAUGGGAUUAAAGGGAUAGUUCACUUUAAAAUGAACACAAAAAAGAUAUUUUGAGAAAUGAUGGUAAACACACAGCAGAUAGUGACCAUUGACUUAAAUAGUAGGAAAAAAUAUUUUGGAAGUAUUGUGAUAAAUGAUGAAGAAAAUAUUUUGAUAAAUGACGGUAAGCAUACAGUUGACGGUACCCAUUAAAUUUCAUCAUUUUUUUUAUUCCUACUAUGGAAGUCAAUGGUCACUAUCUGCUGUGUGUUUACCAUAAUUUCUCAAAAUAUCUUUUGUGUUCAUCAGAAAAAAGAAAUUCAUACAAUCCCUUUAAGCGGAUUUGAAACGAACGUAUUUCAUAAACAUGUUAUAUGUGCCGAGAGAAUUUGGUUGAUAUCAUUAUAUUUAAGUUAUGACAGAGGUGGCAUUUAGCGGCUUUGCAUCUGAGCUUCUCAAUUUUACUUUUGGUUUGCUAUUUUGGAUGCCAAACUUAACAUUGCGUAAGAGUAUAAAUUAAAUGUACAGUUAGAUCAAAGAGUUGUGUUCUUCACUCCAUCUAUACUGUAAGUUUAUUUCUAUACAUCCCUGAUGCAUAGACAAUAGUUUAGCUACAGUAUGUAUUAUUACACUGCUCUCUGUAAAGUGCUUGAAUCUAAUUGGUCAGUGGUGACAUUCCCAGGUUUGCUAUUUCCAGAUGACAAGCGCCUGAAAUUAAUAACAGCCUCAUCCGGGUAUUUCGAGUCAUCUUGACAGGUGCAAUUUAACGCUUACAAAUAAAUGUACAUAAUUAAUAGUAUACGAUUUCAAUAACAUAGAUAAUUUAUAAAUGAUUAAACCAAAGGCAUGUUUGUCUUUUUUUUGCUUAAAGGAAUAGUUCACCCCAAAAUGAAAAUUUUUCCAUAUGUAACUCACUCUCAAACCAUCCUACACUGUAAAAUUUCCUUGUCACUUAAAGUCGCAAUGAAAUU